AUGAACAACAUCCUCCCCAAGACAGCUACAGAGCUCAACCCCGGCGAGACCAAGCUCCCAGAUGACGCGCCAGAACCUGAAGGCGCACAUGAUGUGCAAAUGAGUGAUGCUAAAGAAGUCUCGAAGGACAAUAUCUCGAAACGAGCCUCGAGAGAGAUUCCGGAUCAGAACUUUGCUGAGGAGGUUACGGUGGGGAAUAGAGAGGAUGACCCGCAGAUUAAGGUCACGAAGAAGGACCAAGCACAAAGCAGCAAAGACGACGACGAUGAGGCACAAGUCAGCGAUAUCGAUGAGCCGAAGGAGGAGACACAUACGAUCACUAUCGAGAUCCCCGAGAAGAUGAAGGCAAUUAAGAUCAUUGAAGGCAACAAGGCAGAAAUACAGAGUGUCGCUGUACCGGCUUUGAGGGACGACUACGUUCUGUGUAAGGUGAAUUGUGUUGCGCUGAAUCCGACUGAUUGGAAGCAUAUUGAUAGGAUUGGGAAGCCUGGAUCGACCGUGGGUUGUGAUAUGGCUGGCAUGGUCCUGGAGAUUGGCAAGGAUGUGAAGAAGGAGUGGCAGGUGGGAGACCGGAUCGCUGCAUUUGUGCAUGGUGGCAACCAGUCGCAGAAGGAAGACGGUGCCUUCGGCGAGUUCUGUGUGGUGAAAGGAGAUCUUGGUCUGAAAAUUCCAGACGCGAUGAGUGACACAGAUGCGGCAACACUUGGAGCUGGAGUGAUAACGUGCGGGCAAGCUCUUUACCAAGGCUUAAAACUGCCUCUUCCUGGAGAUGGUAUGGAGAAGUACGGCGGAUUCUUACUCGUCUACGGCGGCAGCACAGCAAGUGGAACGCUGGCAAUCCAAUACGGCAUCCUCUCGGGCUGCCGCGUAAUCACAACAGCCUCCACACACAACCACCCCCUCCUCAAAGCCCUCGGCGCCGAAGAAGCCUUCGACUACAAAGACCCCGGCUGCGCAAAGAAAAUCCGCGACUACACCAAAGACGACCUCCGCAAAUGCCUCGACUGCAUCGCCGAAGGCAACUCCCCCAAAAUCUGCGAAGAAUCCAUCUCCUCCCAAGGCGGCACCAUCUCCUACCUCCUCAAAACCACCCAUACCCGCGAGGACGUUGAAAACAUCAGGACUCUGGGGUAUACGAUUUUCGGGGAGACGUUUGAGAAGUUCGGGAUCAAGAGUGAGGCGAAGCCGGAGGAUUUCGAGCAUGCGAAGAAGUUUUAUGAGUUGACGCAGAAGCUGGUGAGUGCGGGACAGUUGGCGCCGCAUCCGGCGGAGGUGGGAAAGGAUGGGUUGAAGGGGGUGUUUGAGGGGUUGGAGAAGUUGAGGAAGGGGAAUGUUAGUGGGAAGAAGUUGGUUUAUAGGGUCGGGCAGACGCCGAAGUAA